AUAGGUGUAGUACGGACUAGUGCGCCAUCGCCAUAUCGAUAAACGACGAGACAACGUGUUCAUGUUGUCAUAGUGCUCCUCCGUGACGCGAUUUAAUUUUAUUUGAAAUAUAAAAUAUAAUCGCUGAGAGGUUGCCGGGUGUAAACUAUUUCUUUUGCGCACAUUUUUCCUUUUCAACCAACCGAAAAUGACGGAAGAAGUGAAUCCAAAAGCCUAUCCUUUGGCCGAUGCAACAUUGACUGCAAAAAUUCUCAAUCUUGUACAACAGGCGAUGAACUACAAACAGUUGCGGAAAGGUGCCAACGAAGCGACAAAGACUUUGAAUCGUGGUCUCUCAGAAUUCAUUGUCAUGGCGGCGGAUGCUCAGCCGCUUGAAAUACUUUUGCAUCUGCCAUUGCUCUGUGAAGACAAGAACGUGCCAUACGUUUUUGUCAGAUGCAAGCAGGCAUUGGGAAGAGCUUGCGGAGUUUCUAGACCUGUUGUCGCUUGCUCUGUGACCGUCAAUGAAGGAUCUCAACUUAAACCACAGAUUCAAGCCAUACAACAAGAAAUUGAACGACUUCUUGUUUGAUGGAACAUCACUCCCAAAUUGAAAAAUCAAUUUUUCUCUGCUAAGAGCGACAAUUUGGAGGUCAUCAAUGACUAAGGGAUACAACAAAAUGAAAAAACCAAUAAAAAUUGCAAACAUGA